AUGGCGCCCCAAGAGCGAACUCCUUGUUGCGAGGAAGAAGAUUCCCGCCAAAACUCAACCAUAGACAACAAUCUAUCAAAUAUAGACUUGAGCGGCGGAUUUAUAAAUAAAGGAUUCGUUAGCGACAGUGUUACCAGUAAUGAGAAUUUCAUAAAUUCAGAAAAUGAUAACAAAAAGAAAAAAGAUAAAGAAGCUACCGACUUUGACGACUUGUUGCCAUACGUAGGGGAAUUUGGGUUAUAUCAGAAAAUAUUGUUCCUAUUAAUGAUUCCGUUUGCAUUUUUCGUGGCAUUUGUUUAUUUUUCGCAAAUCUUUAUGACUAUUGUGCCUGAACAACAUUGGUGCUGGAUUCCGGAGCUGGCGAACUUAACUGUAGAAGAAAGACGAUCUUUAGCAAUCCCACCAAAAACAGACGGUCCCUACUCCCACGACCGAUGCGUGAUGUACAAGACGGACUGGGCGGCUGCGCUUGCGCAAAACAGAACAACGUCUGACGACGAGUGGCCGAUUGUACCCUGCCAAAAUGGAUGGGAGUACAAUAGGAGUGAUGUGCCCUAUGAAACUAUUGCUUCACAGCUGGACUGGGUGUGUGAACGAGACAGCCUCGCAGCUACAGCUCAAGCGAUCUUCUUCUGCGGUGCCAUAGUCGGAGGGUUGCUUUUUGGUUGGAUUGCCGAUAAAUAUGGACGAGUACCUGCUUUACUUGCUGGAAUGAACAAAUUUAAGGUUGGCCCCGAUGGCAGAAAUCAACACUACGCCACUACGAGCAACCCCAAGAGUUUUUUAAGGGAAAUCAGAGAAAUCUGCCUUAUGAAUGGACAAUGGUUGGUAUCACAAGGCAAAAUCGACAAAGCUCUGACGAUUAUGAAGAAGUUCGAAAGAAUUAACAAGACCAAAAUACCUGACAAAGUACUGAGUGACUUUACUGAAUCAUCAUUAAAGACGAUCAAGGAAUCAGAAGCUGAAUCGAAAACGUAUUCAGUACUAGAUCUCUUCAGAACGCCUAGACUUCGAAGGAAUUCGAUUUUGCUCAUAGUAAUAUGGAUGGCGAUUUCUUUAGUGUUCGAUGGACACGUAAGAAAUGUUGGUUCGCUAGGAUUGGAUAUAUUUUUAACUUUUACUAUUGCAUCGGCUACUGAAUUGCCGGCGGAUACAUUUUUGACUGCAGUUUUAGAUAGAUGGGGUCGAAGAUGGCUUGCUUGCGGUUCUAUGGUCAUCAGUGGUAUCUUCAGUUUACUAGCCACAGCCGUACCUGUUGGCGGUCCCUCAGCUUCGCUUGCAAUUCUCGGCCGAUUCGCAGUCAACAUAUCGUACAACAUAGGCCUGCAGUACGCGGCAGAGCUAUUGCCGACUGUAGUACGGGCUCAGGGCGUUGCCUUGAUACACAUUAUGGGUUAUGUUGCCUCCAUCGUAGCACCAUUUGUUGUUUAUUUGGCCAACGUCUCCCAACACCUUCCACUUCUGAUCUUGGGUAUCCUGGGCAUAAUCGGAGGUCUUCUUUGCCUCUUUCUACCGGAGACCAUGGACACGGUAAUGCCGCAGUCUCUUCAAGAUGGAGAAAACUUCGGCAAGGAACAGAAGUUUUGGGAUAAUCCUUGCUUUAAAAGAAAACAAGAAGACCCCGAAGAAGAAGAAAACCCAGGCAAAUACACAAAACGCCCCUCUAUCCAAGACACCCAGGCGUUCCAAAGAGCUGUUUUAAGUACCAUCGGAUCCAGGGCUUCAAUUAGAGCCAGCGUUCGUGCGUCGAACAGGUCACGAAGGGGAGAAAACAAAGAAGACAUCGCCUGAAGCGUUGGUAUUGUUGUGUUAUAUUGGACUCCAUUAUAGAUAUUUUCAAUCUAGGAACUCAUUGUCAUAUGGGUACAAGAAUCGCGAAACUUCGGGGCAUAAGUCGAAACCCUAAGCAGAAUCGAUUUAUAAGAUUGUGCUUGUGGUUACUAUCUCCUGCAGUACGUACAGUAUUAAACUAAGCCACAAAGGAUAGUGAAUGUGAUGUCUAAGGAAUUACUAACUGCGGUAUAAGUCAAUUUUUAAUAUUGUCCAGUUAUUUUGUAGAUUAUUUUUAAGAUCAAGUGACGGGACAAACAAACCGUGCACCUGGUGGUAAGCGACACGGCUAACCAUAACUGUU